AUGCCUGGCGUUACGUACGAUGUGCCUUUAAUUUUACCUGGCUUACGUAAAGAAGAAUCCAUAUUGCAAAUGGUGAACGCUUUAGAGCAUUUACAACAAGUUUCUAAGGAUGUAUUUUCCAAAAUCGAGAAACGGGUUGGCGAAAAUCGCGAUCGAAUUGCAGCCAUCGACAAGCGAGCGAACGUCGCAAUGGCCAAGAUAGAGAAGAUUCGUGGAAGCAAGAAAGCGAUCAGGGUGUUUUCAAGUGCAAAAUACCCUGCCCCGGAAAAAUUAGAGCAGUACGCGUCGCUACACACCUGUGAUGGUCUUCAACAGAACCCUUUGCCUUGUGUCAACCAAAAUUAUCAUGUUUCAACCAAAUUCCUUAAAGCUGACCAUGAGAGCAUGAAAGAAAAGUUGCAAUUUUAUAACGUGCAACUGAAUACGGCUAAACGAAAAACUGACAAGGACGAUCAGGGGUUGGGUGGCCUACCGAAAGAUAUCUCAUCGAUCAGUUCGCUGCUGCUUUUCAAUACGACUGAAAACCCAUACAAGAAAUAUGUCAUUUUGGACCCCCUGGAAGGGGCGGUCACCAAGACCAGGAAAGGCCUGGACGAAGAGGACGAUGAUCUAGCUGCAGCGCCGGUGACCAUCACAAAUCGUGAAGAAAUGGACCUGCUUGGUUUGACAAAUUAUUUUUAUGUCCCAAACCUUGGCGACGUGCCAGAACUUGAUGUGCCAGUUCACCUUCCUGAUUUGCCUGGAAUUGCCGAUGACCUUGCUUGGAGGUAGGUAUCACUGCAGUUAAUCAGUUCGGAUAAGAUGGGCUAUACAGCAUAUCUUAUAGUCACGACGGAUUGAAUGUGAAAUUAAAGUACUCUAGGUUUAGCCAUUGAGUCUCCUACUCAUUCAAUUGGAACCAGUGACUCGACUCGAGUGGAGCCAUUGACUCAACUUGAUCAGAUACUGAGACGACUCACUUGAACUGCAAAUGACUCAAUCUACUCAUCUUGUGACUCUACCUUGGCCUUUGGGGUGACUCAUCACAACACUGCAUAGAGAGUCCUUAGGAUUGAUUUAUCAUGUUUUCUCAAUUUAGUGCCGACCUUGGUCCAUCCAUUGCACCUUCAGUUCCUGGAUCCAAUGUUCCUGAACUGCCUGAAGUCAUUCCUGAAGAACCAGCACCUGCAUUUCAACCUCAUCAAGAAGAUUCACAAUCAUCCCUAUAUACCCCUCCUCCCCCACCCCCACCUGACCCUGCAGGUCCCCCACCACCCCCUCCUCCACCUCCACCACCACAGCCCAUGGAGGAACAAAGUUCUGGACCCCCAGCUCCAGGUAUGGUAUAUAUUUUAACCAUUAAAGUUGCAUAAUUUGCAUCCUAAUACAGUUUUACUCACCAAGGGGAGUGUGCUGGCACCCAAUUGGUUGAUGGCAGCACUCUUCCCCAGACAAGUAAAAAUCGAUAGAGUAAAAGAACAAAGUAGGAUGCAUCUGGGCACAUUGCCACUUAAAGGGUUAAUCUGCCCAUGUGAUGUGUCUAGUAAACCAUAAAGAUGCAUGCCAAUGGCCCACAACAACCCUCGGAAUUCAACUAUUUUUGCCUCGGCAAACAAUUGCCGAAGUCUUUCGAUAAUUUUCAAGUUUGCCUCGGCAAUUUUUUUGCUGAGGCAUGCAAUGAAAUCACCUUAAAUUCCUUUGGCAAUUACUUCGGCAUUCAUGUCGAAAGUUGUAAUUAAAGUAAAGUACAUACGGAAAUUAUUGUAAACAAAUAUUAUAACUAGCAUAGAUUCUGACGUUUGACAAUUUGUUGUUAUUUUACAAAUUCCUGAUUCAAAAUGUUUUUAAAAAGUUAGUGAUAAUUAACAACAAAUUGUAUGAAAGAAUAAACUUGACGGUAAUAAUAAACAUCCGACGUCGAUGACAACAAUUCAAACAAAGAAGUGAUACAAAAAACGAAAACUGUAGUUUGUAAAUUUAAGCAAAAAAACGAACAGAUGCAGCUGUAGUUUGUAAUUGAAGAUAUAAUGGGUGGAAUUGCCUCGGCAUUUUUUUGCCGAGGCAAACUAUGAAAAAUCGUAACUUAUCUCGGGCCAGGCAUUUUUAACCCUAUACGGUUAUUUCUGGUGACCAGAAACCCUACAAAAUUAAAAUUUAAUAUGUAAAUAGAUUUAAAAAAAAAGGGAUAAAUAAAUACUUCUUCUUCCCCUAGAAUCUCUCUAACCCCUCUUAUAAACUGUUCAACCCCACCAAAAAAAUGAACAGGUGCAGCUGUAGUUUGUAAUACAAGAUAAAAUGGGUGGAAUUGCCUCAGCAUUUUUUUGCCGAUGCAAACUAUGAAAAAUUGUAACUUAUCUCAGCAAUUGCCGAGAAUCCCCCCCCCCCUAGAAUCUCUCUAACCCCUCUUAUAAACUGUUCAACCCCACCAAAAUUUUGCUUCACCCCAAUUAUUUUGUACGAAAGUCUUUAACCCUAAUGCCUAACCCCUACAAAACUCGCUCAGUGAUGCCGCUUCCACCCCUUGCCCAAUGAGAUGCAGAUGAACUUUAAUACUUGGUAUAUGUUAAUACCAGUACUAUAAAGCCUGCACAAAGAACUAAAAGAGCAAUUUUUCUGAGACAAGUUUCUCUGAAAAGUUUGCCUUGUCAGCUGUACAGUAAUAUGUAGUCAACAAGUUUUACUUGACAAGUUUCCCCAUGACAUGUUUUGUUGCUAGUGUGCACAGAAUGUUGUUAAAAAUUUAUCUCAUAUUGUGGUUGCAUUUUUUUUUCCAAACCACUAAGUAUUUCUUGUACACUUGUCAUGCUUUCCUUGGCAGCCGUUCGCACAAACAAAUUUUCCUUGUCCAAAAGCUGGUGUGACUAGUUUUGGAACAACUCUCCUUGGCAAGGUAAAAUUGUCAAGUUUCUGCCGUACAUAGGAGCAAAUAAAACUUGUGAAGGAAAACUUAUCAAGGAAAACUUGCUCUCCUGCACGGGGCUUCCUUGUAAGUUCAGGGUCUGAAAUUUGCAGUAUCCCGAUAUCCAUGGGAUACUAAAAUUUGGUUUUGGAUACCAAACUGUGAAUGACUUAUAUCCCAACUGGAUACUAAGAAAAUUUCAUACAUUAGGAAAAUGUUAAGCAUCUCUGACAGUCUCCUGAUAGCUUUUGAAUACUAUGAGUUUGCCACCCAAGCCUUUCCUCAUAUAAUGUGCAUUUUUGUGUAUUAAUGAAUUGUCUAGUUGUUGACAACUUGACUGUUGAAUCUCCUGUUGUUAUUGUAAUUUGUAACAGCGAGAGUUAUUGGAUGGGACAGGGUAUAAUACUUAUGGUAACCAGUAUCCAGAAGUGGGAUACUGCAUUCUCAGGGGGGAUACUAAACUUUGAAUCCUGGCAUCCCAGUUGGAUACUUAAAUUUCAGACCUUGAUGUAAGUCUGUCAUUUUGAAUACAAACAAGGCAAAUAAUAUUUCUUUCAGCUCCAGCUGAGGUUGCUCAGCCAACAAGCAGUGGGGGUGAUGAGGGUGGCAGAGCUGACCUAAUGGCAGCCAUCCGAAACGCAGGUGGUGCAGGCAAGGCCAUACUGAAGAACUCUAAGGAGCGAAAGCAGAAAAAACGGGCUGAGAAGGAAGCGCCCAGUGGUGGUGGUGGUGGGGACCUCAUGGGCGAUCUCUUUGCAAAGUUACAGAUGAGAAGGAAGGGUAUAUCAGGAUCAAGGGGGGAUAAAUCAGGUGAUGACACUGGUGGAGGGUCAGCUAUGGAUAAAAUAUCAUCCAUGAUCCCUCCACCUAGCAACGCAAAUGCAAAUUCGUCAUUGGCUAAUGACAGUGGGGAGUGGGACUGAUGAUAACAUGGACGAAUAAACACUGUCUAGUAAUUUUUAUAUUGGCCAUUAUAGUAGUAUUGGUAAGUAAUGAUUUUUGAUAUGAUUACAAGUGUACAUAGGGUGAGAUAGCCUAAGAAUAGGCUAAGGAUGACUCGAUGAGACGGUUAUGAUGACGAGGACAACCAAAAGCAUUAUUGAAAUAAUAGUUACUGUCGUUCCAAUUGAAGUGUUCCUCAAAUAUUGAUUCAAUACAUUACCUCAGGCUGACCAAUUCAUUUCAUCAAGUUCCUCGAGAUAUUCAUACACUUCCUGUGAAAGAGCCAAUUCCAAGUAUUUGAUAAUUUCUGGUCACUUCCUUUCUAUUUAUGAUUGGUUAGUUGCACAGACAACAAAGGUGAUUGGUGCAUUCAAACUAUUCAACAGGAAGUUUACAAUUAUACUAGGAAGUGUAUGAAUAUUUCGAGGAACUUGAUCAAAUGAAUUGGUCAGGAACACUUCAAUAUUUGAGGAACACUUCAAUUGUAAAUUCACAGUAAAUUUAAAAAUGCAUGAAAUGUUACUAUCACAAGACUUUGAUUUCAGAAUAAAUGGUUUACGUUCAAUAUACCACUGGAAAAAAAAGUGAAAUCCAUACUACGAAAUAUGCAAUUGCACCACAAAAUCCAUAGUAUAUCCAUACUACUUCCAUACUAUAUCCAUACUAUGAAAAUAUACAAUUAUUAUGCAUAACCAAAAUCCACUCUAAUUUCCAAUAAAGGUCCAUACAAUUUCCAUUCUAUGACCUCCUAUGGAUUUUCAAAAUUUUUUCCAGUGUACUGUAUGUAGCAUGUAUACAGUAGCUAAUAGUAGCUAUGAUUCUGAGUGCAAUUUUGAAGAUAUAUUUAUUCUAUAAAGUAUAGUGCUUUAUAGAGAUUUCGAGCACUGCAUGAUAAAACUGAUCAUCGUGAAAAUUAUCGCUUUUCAAUUAUCGCUUUUGAUAGCCUUCUCUAUAAAAAUUAUCGCUUUUCAAAGACUGUCCUUUAUAUAAUAAACAGAAAAAUACAUGGAUGCUUGGAAAUACCAGAUUUAUUUCUCGUGUUGCACAUGAUAUCUCACUCGUGUGAUAUCAUUCAUGUGCAACACUCGAAUUAAUACAGUACAUCAGGGUGCACGAAUGAGUUUUUCAAAGACAAAGACGAUCAAAAUUGCAAGAGUACGAAGAACGAGUGCAAUUCGAAAGUUUUAUAAACUGACGAGUGUUUAUAUGUUUAUGAUGUUAUCUCUGAGUGUGUUCACACUGGGCAAGCUGAAAAGUUUGCUUGACCUCGGUGGGAAUCGAACCCGCGACCAUUGGCUUGCUAGUCCAAAGGUCGCGGGUUCGAUCCCCACCGCGGUCAAGCAAACGUUUCAGCUUGCCUGGUGUGGACAAACUAGGAGACAACAUCAUAAACAUAUAUCUUCACCUGAGUGCACGACACCAGAAUCAAGAUCACGAGUGUUUGUUUUUCCAAAUUGCAUGAGAAACCAUACUAUUCUUAAUUUAAUCAGUAAUGUAUGAAAAACAAUUUGUAUGCAUGAGAAACCAUACUAUUCUUAAUUUAAUCAGUAAUGUAUGAAAAACAAUUUGUGGAGGUAGAAGCCAAUUUAUGGUCACUUACAUCAGUGCAUGAAACACAUGCGAAAUAGCUAAUUUUGUACUGGCUUAUUUGAAUGACACAACAAUUUAAUAGUUGAUGAUGAUUUUUAAUAUGAUUGCAAAUGUACUACAAACAGAGUAGGGUGAUAUCCCAGAGCCUGAAUCACAGACCUUGCUGCAUGUGAAGAUGAUGACGAUGUUUAAUGCACAUUGAAUUACAAUGAAUUACAAUGUAUUUACAGGAAUACUGAAUGUGUUUACAGGAAUGUGUUUUCAAUGUGUAUGAAUUCUCAUUGUGUUUACUGGGGAAUGUGUUCUCAAUGUGUAUGGAUUUUCAAUGUGUUCGGGCAAUGUGUUUUUUGUUGAAACCUUUCUACCACAUUUCCAACCUCGUUUCCAGGCUCUUCCCAACCUCGUUCCCAGGGAAGAGCCUGGGAACGUGGUUGCCACAUUUCUACUUUCUAGUUUACGAAAGCAUGCAAUAGGUUAACUUUUAUUUGGGUAGAUAUUUUAAUGCUAAGUUACCUUUGUUGGAUUUUAUGCUUUCGUACAUAUAGAACAGGGGAAGUAAGCAAGUUACACGCGAGGUAAAAUUUUCACCAACAAAUUCGUCUGUGCGUUAGUUGUUAAUAAUAGACCAAUCUCGUACCCAGAGCAUACUCUGCGUGGGUACGAAAUUGGUCUAAGAGACGAAUCUGUUGGUGAAAAUUUUACCUCGCGUGUAACUUGCUUACUUCCCCUGUUCUAUGUGCGAAAGUAUAAAAUCCAACAAUGGUAACUUAGCAUUAAAAUAUCUACCCAAAUAAAGGUUAACCUGUUGCAUGCUUUCGUAAACUAGAAAUAUGGUAGAAAGGUAGUAUGUGGCCCAUCGCGGCAUUCUGGCCCAUCCCUACUUGGCCAUUUUCACUUGACCACUACAAAACCUGGGUACGAGGUUGCAUCUUUUACUUGCUCAUCCAUAUUGACCACAUAUUGUGCACUUUAAACUAUGACCACAUUCCUCCAGUAGAAAUUUCGUAAUCUUUAUCACGUGAGAGUCAUUACGUCAUAACAUGACAUUGUAGAAAUUUCAUGAUAUGAUUACAUUCCGGACUUUAAACUAUGACCCAAUUUAUAUAUCUGUAGAAAUUUUGUAAUCAUUUACAAGGCCAUGUGCGAAUCAUGUGCCUUUUGUCUAAUUCCAUGCUUAACCCCUCAUAAGUGGCGAUGCGCCAUGCUUUAUUAUUUUACUCUGGAUGACGUCUAAAACUCUAACUCGAGGUCACAAAACCGUGGCUCUCAGGUGUGCCGAAAGGUAUUCCGAAAACAGCUGUACUUUAUGUUAAGCAACUUCAAGCCAGUAAGGCGCGAUGUGGGCGCAGCGGCGUUUCAGAAGUAAAAUAGGAUGAAAAUAUGACACACCUUAGACGUGACUAAGGGAAGGAACUUUAUGUGGUUAAAACACGACAUGUGAACAAAAUAAUGUGUUCCUAGUUUUAGAGCAUAAAUAUGAUUAUAAUAUAGCAUUUGUAAAUUCUGAACGCUGAUUGGCUAAGAGCCGUGUUGAUAUACUCGAUGUCAACACGGAAACGUCGGAAAAUUUGUUUCUUUAUAUUUUUUUGUGCUAUAUUAUAAAACAAAUAUAUUAAAACAAUUUUUCCGUAUUGAUGUGAUCGAAAUUCCGUAUCGAAAUUGUGUGAAAACACUAUUUCUCGUUUUCCCAAUUUCCACUCGUGUUGAUAUAACUGUAUCUCAACACGGAAAAUGUUUUAUAUUUGUUAAGUGUAAAAUAUUGUGUGCGGGUUAGAGUGUAUUAGUAUGAAAUGUAUGUAGAAUGGUUAAGUUGAUUGAUUGUAAAAGAUUGUUCGAAUAAAGGAAAAUACGAAAAAGGAAAUCGUGGCUAUACUGUGCGCAGCUCGAAACAGUUCCGUUUUAUACUUUUAGAAAUGUGGUGCAAGUGAGUAGUAUGUGGUCCAUCGUCAUAUAUUGUUUACUUCACGAGUUCUCAACCAUGCACUAUAUGAGUCUACGGCCACGUUUACAUUCAACUUUAUGACGCUAUACGGCUAGCAUUCUGUUAAAAACUCACUUCGUUUUUUAGUAUUGUGUUACACUAUAUAACAGAAUGGCCUGCCGUAGCGUACCAAAUAAGGUCUAUUACUAUACGCUUGGCACUCCGGAUGCAAAUCAAUUCGCUACGGGAAAUUUGCCAUAUGUCAUAGUGUAAACACGGCUUCAGGAUGACUAUCACCUUAUUGAAAUGAAGAAAUUUCGUAAUCACUAGGCAGAUUUACUAACAUGUGGGAUUCAAGACAUGCAUGACAUUGCAGAAAUUUAAUAUUUGAGAUCUGGACAACGCCUACUCAGGGCAUAAUGAUCUUUGCUGAAUGAGGGCGGUUUUGACCAGACGUAGUUCUAUACCUGACUCGUCCCCAGUCGCUUACCUAACGCGCGUUAAAACGCCUCGGGGCAUUCCCAUGGUCCUUUGCGUUAGAAGCAGUGUUAGGGACUGUGGAAGAGUCAGGUUCUAUACGUCAUACUACGUCUGGGUACGUGUUAAGUGAUCUGAUAUGCGUUGAUUAUCCCGUUUACUAUGAUGCUUUCAUUAUUAUACCGGCGGUUAUACAUUAUACCCCUGUCAUCCAACAGAGGUAACUUAGCGUUAAAAUAUCUACCCAAUGCAGAUGAAAGUUACCUGUUGCAUGCUUUCGUAAACUACAAAUGUGGUAGAAAGGUAGUAUGUAGCAGGCGUUUAAUGCAGGGGGGGGGGGAGAGAGGGCGUCAUUUCUUCUCCCGCACGCACUAAACGCUUGCUACGCAGUCUAGGUAGUAUGUGGCCCAUCGUGGCAUUCUGAGCCAUCCCUAUUUGGCCAAUAUGAGUAGUCAAUAUAUAUAUAUUAUAUAUGGCCAUCUCUAUUUGGCCAUCCAUAUUGACCACAUAUUGUGCACUUUAAACUAUGACCUCAUUCCUCCAGUAGAAAUUUCGUAAUCUUUAUCACGUGGGAGUCAUUACGUCAUAACAUGACAUUGUAUAGAAAUUUGACAUGAUUACAUUCCAGACUUUAAACUAUGACCUAAUUUAUCUGUAGUAAUUUUGUAAUCAUUCGCAAGGCCAUGUGCGAAUCAUGUGCCUUUUGGUCUUGCAUGCUUAACCCCUUAUAAGUGGCGAUGCGCCAUCACCGUUUAUUAUUUUACUCUGUGAGGAUGACGUCUAAAACUCUCCAGGUCAAAAACUGGUGUGGCAAUAACGGUAUGCCCAAAACCGGCGCACUUUAUAGCCACAAUUCAAGCCGUGGUUAUAAGGUAUGCCGAAAACAAGCGUGUUUUAUAGCCACAACAGUGGCUGUGAGGUAUACGCAGCCCAAAACCAUGGUCGUACCGGGCGGGGCAGUCGGGCAAUAUUCGAUCAACAGUCGGGCAAUUUUGGUUUGCAAUAAAAAAAAUUGGACAAAUUCUGUCAAUUUUGUCUAAAAUCAAGUCAAUUUUUUGGCAAAUUUUGCGAUUUUUCGAAGAUUUGUGUUAUGUUCGGAAAAAAUUGUAUGUCCGGAAAAUUUUUUUGACCCCUAAAAUGGUACACUGACCGAAAAUAUUUUGGCGCCGGGGGGAGGUCGCCAAAAUAAUUUUUACGGAAAAAAUUUUUUGGUACUAGUCGGGCAGAAUCCCGAAAAGUUGGGCAAUUUUCUUUCCGCCCCCCUAAUUUUUUCCUUCCGGUACGCCCAUGCCCAAAACAGGUGCAUACUUUAUGGUGAUCGCUAGAUAGUAUACUUCAAAAUAAGGUUUCCGUUUUUAUAAUGUAGAAAAAACUAUCCUAACUCAAAACUAAACCCUAACCCUAAUACUAUCCCUAACCUUAACCUAACCCUAACCUAAACCCUAACCUAACCCUUACUUAUUUUAAAAAUUGAUAUAAAAACGGAAACCUUAUUUUGAAGUAUACUAUCUAGCAAUUGCCCAUACUUUAUAGCCACAAAUCGUGGCUAGCUAUAAGAUUGAUGUCCAAUACCCACGAUCGGAGUCCGAUGGAGAAAUCCAUCAUACAUGUGCUACCGAUUGAUCCGAUGGACAAACAUGUUUACCGUCGGAGAAAAUUUUCUCCAAUGGACAAAUAUACGUAGACAAGCAGUAUAGCAUAACGUGAUAUUAAUUCAUAACAUAAAGACUAUUACCAUUAUACUUUUGAAAUAUUUUUUUUCUCUAAGUGUCCAUGUUUGAACGAUGUAAGUGGCAAAUGUCAGAUGGUCCGAUCGAUCGAUCGGAUCCAUCGGACAAGCGUGCUUACGGUCGGACAGAAAUUUUACCGAUGGCGAAAUGACGUCAUUUGAAAGCUACGCGGUGGGUCUCUAAAUUCAAAAAUUUUCCUGGGGGGCAUGCCCCCGGACCCCCCUAGACAAACCUCGCACCUGCGGCGCUCGGCUCGUGCUUUCGGCCCUCGUUUAUCAAGUGAAACAUUAUAGGGGCGCAUAUUUGUUGACAGCCCACUGGCCCCCCCCCCCCAGAAAAAUAGUACCCUGCAGCACGCCACUGCUAAAGAACGACGGAACAUGGUUGUAUUUAAUAUCAUUCGUGUUCUAAGCGUGAUUGGCAUAUAUUAUGAUAAUUCAGUAUCAUGUUAUAAUUCAUUUUCAGGGCAGCCUAUAAAUCAUUGAAGAAUCAUUAUAAUAGAUUGAUUAAAAGUACAAUGCGUCAACACUAUCAAGAAAAGAUACAUAAUAAUUCAGGUGAUAUUAAGAAAACAUGGAAAAUAAUCAAUGAGGUGAUUAACAAGUCAAAAAAGCCAAUAAAGUACUACAGCUUAAAAAUGAAAAUAACGAAAUUAUUGAUCAAGCGGAUAUCCCAAAUCAGUUUAACAAAUAUUUCAUUGAAUUAGGGGAUAAUUUAUCUAAUGAUAUACCCUUAUCAACGUCAACUCCCGACAGAUAUUUUACCAAUUUUCAAUGUCCAACUCACACUUUAUCGCACUUUAAAGAGGUAUCAGAGACUGUAAUAUUGAGAUUGCUUUCUAACUUAACUAUAUCCAAGGCAUCCGGUCUGGAUCAAAUUUCGGCUAAAGUUUUAAAAAUUGCAGCACCAUCUAUUGCUCCAUCACUUACUUUAAUUUUUAAUCAAUCAAUCAUCCGCACUGGCAUAUUUCCAUCUGACUGGAAAGUUGCGAGGGUUACACCAAUUUAUAAAUCUGGGGAAAAAUUCUGCAUGUCCAAUUAUAGACCUAUAUCCGUUAUUUCAAUUGUUGCAAGAAUCAUGGAAAAGCUAAUACACAACCAGAUCUAUGAAUAUUUGAUUAAGGAAAAUCUACUAGCAAAUUCCCAACCCGGCUUUAGGCCGAACCAUUCAACUCUAACUGCGUUGCUCGAUAUCACAAAUAGAUGGUAUCAGAAUAUGGACAUUGGCCAACUUAAUGGUGUGAUAUUUCUUGAUUUAAAAAAAGCAUUCGAUACUGUUAAUCACGACAUCCUUCUUAGUAAGUUGGCAAUUUAUGGCAUAAGGGGGUCGGCAUUACGCUGGCUGAACUCCUAUUUAACAGGUCGAAUACAAUAUUGCCAAGUGAAUGCCCAUUUAUCUGAUCCUCUAUGUGUGACAACGGGUAUACCACAAGGUUCGGCUCUUGGUCCACUCUUGUUCCUAAUUUACAUAAAUGACCUACCUAAUUGUCUGGAACACACUAAAGUCAAUAUGUUUGCCGACGAUACCCAAAUUGAAACGGCAGGUUAUGAUGUUAAUACAAUUGCUGAGGAACUUAAUCAAGAUCUAGAAACCGUUUCAGUUUGGUUGUCGGCAAAUAAACUAACUUUAAACAAAACGAAGACAGAAUACAUGAUAAUAGGUAGUAAUAGAAGAGUCAAUCAUAUUAACAUAACGCCUAAUAUAUUCAUAAAAGACAGAGAAAUUAAUAGAGUCAAAACGACCAAAUCACUCGGCUUAAUGAUUGACGAAACACUCUCAUGGAAUGCUCAAGUUGAUCAAAUUACAAAAAAGGUUAAUUCAGGUCUCAGUAUCCUUAAAAGAUUGAGAGACAUUCUAGAUUACCAAACACUGAUCAAAAUUUAUUUAUCAAUAAUUCAACCACAUUUCGACUAUUGCUCACAGAUUUGGGGUUGUCUGGGUAAAGUACUAUCUGAUAAACUCCAGAAGCUUCAAAAUAGAGCAUUUCGAAUAAUAACUCGUGAAAACUAUGAUACACGUACAAUCGAUGUUUUGAACAAGGUCGGUUUUCCAAAUCUCGUGACUAGAAGAAAACAUCAUUUAGCCGUCCUAAUGUUCAAAGCCAAACAUAACAUGUUACCAAAUUGCUUAACGGAACUUUUCAUCACCUCAAAUGAAAUACAUAAUUACAAUACAAGACAGAGCGAAUUCAAUUUUGCAUUACCUAAACCUAAAACUAAUUUUAUGAAAAAGUCUUUCGCCUAUCGAGGAGCUGAGACUUGGAAUAAUCUGUCUGCUGACAUAAAAGCUAAAACAAGCAUCUCUACAUUUAAAAAUAGUCUAACUGUAAGUGUGUAAUUUGUGUGUAAUUUAGUUAUUAUUAUUAGAUACUGUAGUAUAUGUGUAAUUAGUAUAGCUAUAUACGGCCUAUUGGAAGAUCACCCGUCUUAAUUUUUGUAAAUAUCUUGGUGAAAUAGUACCGUUUUUAAUAAAGUCAAUAAAGUCAAAGUCAAUGUUCUAAGCUUGUUUGGCAUGUAAAAUUAUGAUAAGGUUUCUAAAGAACGACGGAACAUGGUUGUAUUUAAUAUCAUUCGUGUUCUAAGCGUGAUUGGCAUGCAUUAUAAUAAUUCAGUUUUAUGUUAUAUAAUUCAUGUACUAAGCUUGUUUGGCAUGUAAAAUUAUGAUAAGGUUUUUAAAGAACGACGGAACAUGGUUGUAUUUAAUAUUCGUGUUCUAAGCGUGAUUGGCAUGUAUUCUGAGACCUUAUGAUAAUUCAGUUUUAUGUUAUAGUUCAUGUAGCUACUAAGCUUGUUUGGCAUGUAAAAUUAUGAUAAGGUUUUUAAAGACGAAGAAUAAUUGUUGUAAAGAACAAAGGAAUAUGGAACAUAUACUUGUUUCUUUGGCGUCCCUUUUUGCCAUCGGUAAAAUAAUUGUCGGACCGCGAAAACGUUUGUCCGAUCGAUUGGAUCGAUCGAUCGGACCAUUCGACAUUCACACAUCGCACAAUGAACUUGCACUGCUUUCAACUUGCACGUGCUCACAGAGACGACUGGGGACGAGUCAGACCCGAGACCCUCACGCAGUAAUCUGCGCAGCAGGCGUUUAUUUGCUUUCGGGCAGCAAUCGGUAAAAUAUUGUCCGACGGUAAACAGGAUUGUCCGGUGGAUCCAUCCGUACCAUCUGUAAGACUGCUUUGUCGAUCGGAUACCGAUCGUCAGUAUUGGACAUUUAUGAGCUAUAAUUAGAAGGUAUGCCGAAAAAAUGACCCUUUGUUCCGUUGUAUGCUAUUAGAAAUGUGGUGCAAAUGAGUAGUAUGUGGUCCAUCGUCCUAUAUUGCGUACUUCACGAGUUCUCAACCAUGCACUAUGAGUCUACGGGCACUUUACAUUCAACUUAAUAACGCUAUACGGCUAGCAUUCCGUGUUAAAAAUUCACUACGAUUUUUAGUAUUGUGUUUACACUAUAUAACGGAAUGGCCUGUCGUAGCGUACCAAAUAAGGUCUAUUACUAUACGCUGUAAAUUUGCCAUAUGUCAUAGUGUAAACACGGCUUAUGAUAACUAUCACCUCAUUGUCCAUUGAAGUGAAGAAAUUUCGUAAUCACUAGGCAGAUUUAUUGACAUCUGGGAUUCAAGACAUGUAUGACAUUGCAGAAAUUUAAUACCUGAGACUGGACAACGCCUACUCAGUGCAUAAUCGGAUUUUAAUUGCCGAAUGAGGGUGGUUUUGACGAGACAUAGUACGUUCUAUAACGUGUUUAGUGAUCUUAUAUGCCGUUGAUUAUCCCGUUCACCAUGACGCUUGCAUUAUUAUCAGUACCGGUGAUCAGUAUAUACAUUAUUCCUCUGUGAGUUGAUGAGAGUUGAUGAGUUGGAGUCAAAAAUGAGCGAGACUUAAAGUUGUUGUCAGAAUUUAGUCAGGUUUCGCUCAUUUUUGACCCCAACUCAUCAACUCUCAUCAACUCACAUCAACUCUUUGAGGCUUAAACUGGUUCAAAUUUUAAUGCGAGUUUUUGCAGUAGUAUCCAGUCGUGAAACUCUCAUCAAUUGAAUUUUCAUGCAGCUCUUGUUCUCGUGAGUCAGAACGCGGUACUGAACUACCCCGCCGUGUGACUUAUCAGAAAAUGUGAAUUGACUAAAAACUUUCAUAUACUGACAAUAUAUACGUAAACAGUUAACGUAAUAGAUUGGGUAAAUAUUAUAGGAUUAUUUUGAGCAUCUCAAUCGAUCAACUAUAAUGAAGUUUGUUUUCACAUGCAAAUGUAAAUUUUUAUGCAGUUGGGAAAUGGGGAAUUAAAUGCAUGCAACUACUGGCAGGAAUCUAACCUACGGCCCUGCGAAUGCUGCGAUUCCGGUGAGUACCGUUUUACUGACCAACUGAGCUACACAGGCUUGCCAGUUGUCGAGCUUUACCCUCAACUGCUGCAAUUUCUUCAACGUUCAUGCAUAGAUUGGGACUGAAAAUCCUUCAAUGUUAAUAGAUUGGGACUAUAGCAGGAGCAGUUCAAAUUUCGAAAACAUUCACCACGGAAUGCAUUUUGCGCAUUUGACCGCAAAAUUGCAUGACCAUGAAAAUAUAUACCCGCGUAUAGUAGUAACGUUGCAUGGAUUUCGGCUAUUUCCCAAUAUUACGGACUCGUUCUUUGUUUUAGUAUACGGCUGUGAUGUCAAAGAGCAAUUGCGAAACGUUUCGACAGUGAUAUGGUCGAAAUCGAAAACACUUCAACCACACCUGCGCUCAAGUAUGGGUCUUAACAACCGAUGGGCGAUGCUAUCGUUGUUAUCCCUGUCAAAAUUUCAUAUUUGUUCGGUAUGUCACUAUGCACACGUGGGACUUUAAUGAAUACUGUGCCGGGAGUACAAAUAUGACCAUGCAACAAUUUAAUAUCAUUAUCUAUGACCCGCCCCGGAUUAUCAUCCAGAGUCUCCGCCAACGCGAGAGAGUUGCGAUCAUGUUGACCUUUGCCCGUGGAACACUGGAACUUUCAUAUAGUUUCAACGCAAUGCAGUUUUCAAUAUUAUUUCACUAUUAUUUAAAAAAAUAUUUAUCCACGGCAGCCUAAUUUCAGUUUCCAUCUCAAACUCAUUAACAAUUCAUGAGUAAAUUAGCCAACCAUAUAUUGCUUUAUUUUGCUCACAUGAUCAUGCUGGAUGAAGAUACCUGGGACUGCAUCAAAAUUAAUUCAGUCCUUGGACUGGAUCGAAAUUAAUUCACCUCACUUUCAGUAGUGAUUUAGUAUUCGUAUGAGAUGUCAUUUCAAACCCUCCAAUUCAGAACUGGACCAUAGAUUUCAAGUCCUCGCAUCUUGAUCCAGUGCUCGGCUUCGCCUCGGACUUGAUCAAAUUGCGUGCAUGACUUGAAAUCUAGUCCAGUCCUCAUGUAGUCGGAUUUGAAAUAUUACAUGAACUCGGCACUUAAUAGACAAUUUUCAUUAUAGACUGAAUUUAAAACUAGGCAAGAAGAUGCAAAUAAAUCACCACAGCUAGAAAGAGCAUACUAAAAUGAGUAAAAUUGCAAAAUUUGGUUGCGACAUGUUGUAAAAUGCGGAAGAAAUAGCCUUGCAAAGUUUGCAAAUUUUGUAUACUUUUGUAUUGCGUGCAGAAAUUGCUCGGUAUGCUACCAUUUUCGGCCCAAAUGUGGUAGGAAUUUCCGCACGCAAUACAAAAGUAUACAAAAUUUGCGAACUUUGCAAGGCUAUAUUUUCCGCACUUUACAACAUUUCGCAACCAAACUUUGUGAUUUUACUAAUUUUAGUAUGCUCUUUCUAGCUGUGGUGAUUGAUUUGCAUCUUCUUGCCUAGUUUUAAAAUUAGUCUAUAAUGGGAAAUGUCUAUUAAGCUCACGUAAAGACGAGCAAGAGCAAAUUGUGAGCAAGUACACAGAGCGAGUUUUCCUUAACAACUUUCGUUGACAAGUUUUGUUACUCGUGUGAAAUGCUGUUAAACAAGUAUCUCACGUCAAGAAGGCCAUCUUUCGUUUGUCAAUUGAAGUAUCUCUUGUACACUUGUCAGUCAAGUUUCCUUGGCGACCGUACACACGAACACAUUUUCCUUGUCCAAAAGUUGGCAUGACUAACCUUGGAACAAGUGUUGGAACAAUUGUCAAGUUUUUGCCGUACACACGAGAAAAUAAAACUUUUGUCAAGGGGCCACAGGGCAUUACUGUUAGGCCUGGCCCGCCUGUCUACUGAUAUAUGCGUGACCGGCUCGCCAAAUCAGCUCCACCAGCUGAGACAUCGUGGACACCGAUAUCGAAUACGGAGACCAAAUAUCUUCGGUGUAAAAAAAUAGCCGGAAGGAAAAAAAGAAGUGCACUGAUAUAAUAAAUUCUUUGUAGUUUUGCGCCACGGAGAAUCAUAUAAUAUAUAUAUAUAUAUAUACUUAUUAUUGCAAUAAAAAAUAUACGUGGUGAGUUUCACAAGCCAACACAUAUAUGAUACUGACAUAGUUACGCUAUUAUAUUUAUAACUUCCCGACAAAGCUGGCCUAGCUUCGAUAGUUUUUUCGCUGUAGUUUUUCAGACUUUGACAAACGUAAUGUGCAACUAUGAACUAUAUCACCAACAAAAGAUGUUUUAAUUCAGUCGACUUGGACGUCUGUUGUUGGUAAUAGUUGCAUAGACAUAGUAUUAUCCUAAACAGACGUGCAGACUAACCAACUUAAGAACAAUUAAAUACUCAUUAGCCUGAACGAUUGACUUGCAGUGAUAAGAAACGUAUAUACUAUGUCUAUGAAUUUUUAACUUGACGGAAUGCUAGCCGCGUAGCGUUAUAGCCUAUAUAUGGUGUGAAUUGUUAGAUACUGAAAGACGGGCAAUUUCCAUCUUAGCGGUCGGUAUAAGUGUCCGUAUCUUUCACUCACAUGUAACAACCUCGUUCCCAGGCUCUUGGUUGGUUUCUUAAUAUAUUGUGUUUGCACUAUAGAGGAGAGGUUUGCGGCUAGCGUGCCAACUACGGACCACUACGUUUGGCACUCCGGAUGCAAAUCAAUACACUGAACUCACAAGCGUACUCGUUUGUGUAUUCCAAAGUUAAUGUUAUCCAUUUGAAACAAACGAGAUGACAUCGUGGACUACCCAACACAACUGCAAACUCUUGGGUACUGAUGCUGCCCCCAGCCCCCUCCACCCCUUCACCACGUACGCCUAUACCAGUAAUUAACAACCACACGCUUUUGGAAUUUAAAGAUUUGCUGACUGAUAUGAUGCGUGUCAAUUUUCUGGUGACGAUCAACACAUGGCAAGAACUAAUGUUAACCAAUGUCGCGUCAACUCCCAUGCCCCCCAUCCUUGUUCACACGAUCUUUUAAGGCGAGAGGGGUAUGACGCACCCUUGUCCUUGAUCCUCCGCGCGAGUUUACCGAUUACCCGAAUGCCUUGUAUUUUCCGGGUAUAUACAGUCCUCAUUAAAUCAUUAUAUAUUAAAAUGCGCAAAUAAAGUAAAACCGCAAACGCCUCUGCGGGGAAGCAUUAAGUAAUCAUACCAAAGCCUAUUAUAUAGCUAUUUCCCCAUAUUUGGGGAACUAUAAGAAGAAAGAGUAUACAAUUACACACAAAGGGGGAAAUAUACACACAUAUAUCUUCCCAUCAAAACUAUUCACCCGGUCAUUCUGGAAAGCCAAAUAAAUAAAGAAUACACGUAACGAAUAUAAGUUAUAUAACCACAUUUUUAUAAACAUGGCGAUAAUAACCAAUUUGUAUGGUGCACAUAAAUUAAUAUCACACCUAUACUAUUACUCUUGAGAGGUGAUCUGUGGUUAGACGACAAUAUAAGCAUUGUCAGUUCUGAUCAUGAGGGUUGAUGAACCGAGUUACAAUAUCGAAAUAUCUCAUGCAAGUAAUCACUGUUAAAUCAUGUAUGUCAAGUUUGGUGUUCAAAUAAGCUUUCAAGGUUAUCAAUAAUUUUUCAUACAUGUACAGUGUGGUCUCCUGCUAUUGAAAUCAACUUUUGCAGAUGGGGCUACUAGGUCUUUAACUUUUAAGUAAACUUUUUCAUUCGUUCAAGGAACCGAGAAGGAACCAAGUUACCAAGAGGCAACACAAAGGCUAAGGAAGACUGGAAGAGCAAUAUAAUCGUCAAGUAUGCAUGACUAAAGACAUGAGAUUGGUUCAGCGUCAGGGUGUGAAAAAACCAUGGAAUGUCAGGUGGAAUGGCAUGUCAGCGCAAAUUCGACCCUAAUUUACCCUCUCCCCCAAUACAACCCUAACCAAUUCCGCACUCAUAUAAAUUCCGCAUACCAGACCCCACGGCCGUUCCGCCUUUCACAUUCACCGAUUAAAGACACAGAAUAUUGCACGUUUGUUCGUGAAUAAAUGAUGAAUGGGUAAAAGUAUUUCCUUCAUUUUUUGAGAUUCGCUAAAUUAAAAAUUUUACGCUUUUCCUCGUUUCCCGUUGCUUCCAUCACCUCAAUAUUGAGCGGUUCCUAAACUCCUAAAGUCUCAUAACAAAAUUUCAAAUUCUCUCUAGUGCAAACUCGCGCUUGCCCGCCCUUCGCAAGGUUAUACUUGAGGUUAUAUUAUACGGUAGCAAUGUGCCGCGCGAGUCGCCCUGUCGGGUAUCUGAUAACCGGAAACACGGCGACUCGAGCAUUCACUUCCUAAAGCAGGCGAACACAUAUCUCGCAUUUCCGACAUUGAAAUCGAGUGUUUCUCGCAGCGCACUUAGGGCACAAAAGAAAGUGCUUGUGAGAUGUGCAAAUAAAUGCAAAUUGGAGACACAAUUCCGUUUUCCAAAAGAGGUGCAAUAUAUUCCUCAAACCGCCCACUGUGGGAUGACGUCGUUGGUCAGAUCGCGUGACUUAUUGACCAAUGAGAUGAGUGCCUUGUUAAUGAGGAGAAACAAAACCUCGCCUGCUCGCCAGCCAUGUUCUCUUUUACGCAUACUUCAUCUUGACGGACGAGUCAAACUAACUAUUUUCUUAAACGGGUUCAGAAAACAGCCUCCAAAAUACCGCCUCUACGAGAUACCGAUCAAUUCCACUAUGCCUGCUAUCCAGCGAGAGCAGUUGAUAUCAAAAGGGAGCCUAUGGAUUCCUUUUAUCCGCCUUGCCAAAAUGCAGCGAGCAGGCAUAUGCAGGGAUGGAAUAUUAACAACGACACAGGACUGGAUAACCUAGCAUUUGCUGCACAAGCUGCGCUUGACGCAGAGUUCGGGCUAAGCUUCUACGAUCCGUAUGUUAGCGAGCCUUCCUUGGAUUUGUCGCCUUACUUAGAAGAUAUCGACCUUGAUACAAGCCAGCAAGCUGAUAUUUUCGAUCUCGUUUCGACUGUACCGCCGCCGAAGCAAGACCUGAAAGCAACUAUACAGCAACAUGGCUACGGAGCGUUCGAGAACGAGUUCGAGCAGUUUUUAGACGAGAGCAGUGGUUUUAUGGCCGAAUACAACGAAGCCGAAACGUUUGGAAGUCAGACGGUGCCGUUGUUUGUUGAAACGGACUGGCAAUCGUCCUGCUCGGAUAGUUCACCUUCACCAUCGCCUGGGCUGCCUUCCGAUGCACGAAAGUUGAAAAUCCGACGUCAGCGCGGACGGAAAGGCUCUGCCAACAAGUCGAACUACUCCGGAGACAAGACUACCUGCGAGUAUCGUUUGAAGCGAGAACGAAACAACGUGGCCGUACGAAAAAGCCGCAUGAAGACCAAAGAAAAGCAAGUGGCGAUCUUUCGUAAAGCGAGCGAGCUGACCGAAGAGAAUGAAGAUCUUCAAUCAGUCGUCGCAAGCCUUACCGAAGAGCUUCAGCGAUUGAAAAAUUAUCUUGCAAAAUCAGGAAUCUCCCAUUUGGACUUGCCGAUUGAGGCUUAGGCGAACUCCAAGGACGGAUUUCUCGAGGACUAUUGAACCCAUUGGACGUGUCGUAAAAGUAUUUUUUAAAAUUGGAUUGUGACUUUAACAUAUAAUAUGACUUGUUGUGUGUAGUGCAUAUUAAAAAGCUGCAUACUUCAAAAAUGGUUAACCAUAUGUAGUGUAGAUUGUUUUAUAGUGCGGCUGUAGAGUGCAAGACAUAUAUUCUAUUAACGCGGUCGUCUUUUUAUAGCAAGUUUAUAAGCCGUAAAGAAGGAUAAGACCAAAGCUCGCUGGAUUGUGCUUGAUUUCAAAUACAAAUGUACAUUUUUGUAUAUAAAAGAUGUACAUUUGUACAUUUAAGUUUUAAUCGGAGCUGGUAUCCCCAUGUAAUUUAAACCUUAUGCUGUGUUAUAUUAAUCAACGAUCCAGUGAACUUUGGCAUCCCUCUCAAAAGAAAAAGGAAUUUGCUGGUUAAAUAGCGUAUUGAAUUUCGCUUUGUGUAUAGUAAUAUUUAUGCCAGUUGUGUCUUAAGUGCAGUUUAGUGUGAAAAUUGGUGAAAAAGCGCGUGAUUUAUCACUGAUUUGAUAUAAAAUUAAGUUAGGGGAUUAAUGUGUGAAUGAAUAUUGAACGCGAUUCGUCGCGUUUCAAUGCGUGUUUAUAAUAGGGGAUCCAGCUUUGAUGUGUCGCAGCCUGUAGCAUACACGUUGAAGAGAUUAAUCAAGUAGUUUUAGAUGCAAAACCUCUCUGUAAAAAUUGAAUUUCUUGAAACAUGAUUUGAGUCGAAUAAUUGUAUACAAGUUGUAUCAGCAUGGUUGUCUUUGAUUUAGGAAAUGUUUUAGUCUGUUUCCGCAUUUUGUAGCCGAGAUCAGUGUUUCUACUGCCAAUAUAACCCGCUGUGCCGUGCUUGAUAUUUGUUUAGAUUUCAGAUGCAUUGUGCUGUGACCGGGAGAUUAAGAAAAUUUGGUAUAUAUAGUAAUUAUAGCGUUCACUUUGCGUGUCGUCUUAAUGAUUCCGAAUACUUCGAAUAUUAGGUGGCAUGUAGCAAUUUUGCAAUCGAAUGCCACAUAUAUGUGGAUUUUACAGAUUUACUAUUAUUUCGUUCGAUUUUUACCGCUUUUUAACAUUCAAAAGGUCAAACUUUAAUGGCGGAGUUUAUAACAAUAAUAUUGAUCUAAUUUCGUUUGAUUUCCGUUUUGGGAAUUUUACUUCGCGUGACACGCUGGCGUAUUUGAUAAUAUAUCACAUCAUUAUAUAUUGUUUGAUUGUAGCAAACCAUGUCGCGGAUCUCACAAGUCAAGAGGGCAAAAUGAAUUGAACAUGAUAUUUGCUUUGUCUGUCUGCUGCUUUAGCAACGGGCAAAACAAAUUUGACAAAAGUGGAAAAAUGAUGGCACAUACUGUUUUCAGAAUAUGAACUAGCAUAUAUGCACAGCUAGUAAGGAAUUUAAAGUAAUGGAACAGCUAUUACUAUGCCUAUGACCAGCUUUGCCAAACAGUCAUGUACUAAGUUGCACCAUGCAACCGGCGUUUGCUACAAAUUUACAACACAAUUUCUAUGUUAGGUGGAAAAGUGCUCAUAGAACUAACGGUACCAGUGUCUGCCCGUGUUGCUGACUUUCAUUCCGUUGGUAUUUAAUAUUCAUUCUCAUAAAUAAUUCACUUGUCAUUUCGUUCCAUUCAUGCCUCUGUGGAAUCUUAAGUAUAAUAUAAAAAAGAAUCGGCCAAUUCUAGAAUUUGGGUAAGUGUUUGGCAAUAGCUCUCAAAAUACUUUUUACAUAACACUGUUCAAGAGUGCUUCUAUAAGUCUUCUAAACCAGCUGAUUUUUCAGUCGGCAAUAACAAAAGAAAUGCAUGUGUUGACUUGUUAAAUAUCUGUGUUUUAUAAUCAGAUUUUGAUAGAUUAAAAAAAUGCGAGACCGUGAAUUUUCGAUAUAUCUUAACUCACAUCUUCAAAUUGUUUAAGGUUACAGGACACCCUUUUUGGCGUUUUGCAGAAAAUCGCUACUGCGCGCUCAAUAUCAGUCUAGUUUUAAUCAUAUUUUCACCAAAUAUUCGCCAGUGCAUGCAAAAUAUGGUAAAGUUGUAAAAUUAACAAACAGUAAAAUAAUGUAAGAAUUAUUCAGGAAAAUCUUAAAUCGCGGUACCGUUACGCUUUUGAGUUGUGCUCCUGCUGAUUUUAAGUUAUAUAUUUAUGAAAAUAUCAUUUUUAUACAGUAAAAUAGUUGUUCUAAAAAGGGUGUUCGGAAAUUUUUGUUUAUUUCGUCAUUCCGCUGAUAUGGCGAUUUCUUUGACGACUGCAAUAUAUUUCUGAAUUGUUUGAGUGAAUUGCUCUUUAUUUAUUAUUAAAAUAUCCAAAAUUAAAAAAAAGCCGAACACUAUUUUGAAACUGACCUCUCUAGCUAUGUCCUGUGAAAAUUUGAGAAACAUUGGUUAAAAUCCGCAGGAGAACAACUCGUUUGAAAAUCAGUGAUUACCGUAAAAUUCUUCGGGAGAAAAUUGAUUUUGAAUAUUACAUUUUCAAUGUUUUUCUUAUUGCAGCGAAAUGUAUUUUAUCAAAUAACUCUGCGAGUUUUCAACAUUUUUCGUUGAAACUUGGUCAUAUAGUAGAACUAGUCUAAUGCUUUCAUGGAAACCAAUAAAAAAAAUUUUAGGCAAAAUUAACACUCAAAGGUGUUCUGUAACCUUAACAAAUCAAACUUCAUCUUCAUUCUUCAAGCUUUCAAUUGUUCUAAUUUCUACGUUUGAAAUAUUAUUUCUACUGUCAGUAGUUAGGACAGGGAAAAUUGCUUCAUGUAUUUUGCAGGCAGACUACGAAACCAGUGGCACCAUAUGUGUAGCCAUUUAAAUGAUUUCGUAGGAAGAGCCGGUGAUAACGUUUGACCACACGACAUGAAAUUUGAGCACAGAAAAUUCUGGAGAUCGAAAAAAGUUUAUCGUUUUAUUUCGUAUUUGAUUUCGCUGUAAUUUUGCAUAGCCAUAGGUAUAAAUUCUAACUCUUGUAGGAUUUGUAAGAAAUGUUUGAGAGAACGCAACUGACAUAGUAAUAUUAGAAUUAAAGUCAGUUCCAUCAAACACUGAUUUCUUACAAAUCCUUCAAAACUUAGAAUUGACCUAUAUGCAAAAUGCGGCUACUGUGAUCACAGAAUCGUUGAUAGUAUGAACCAGCCUUUAUAGUCUUUAUAAUUCUACGCAGCUAGAAAUUGCAAAAUAUUUAUAAUAUUUGAUACAGUAUACAAUAGUUGCCCUAGUCCUAGACCAUUCCUAAUUGGUCCGAUAUGUUGUGAGAAAACAUAUGGCUCCAGCCUCCUGCGACCGGCUGCCGAGACGAAAUUUGAUUUUAAACCGCGGUUGCUCAGCAGGCUGUCGCGGAGGUGAAGGACACAUACGAUGGCAUCACAAUACCGGCACAUGAAAUUUGACAAUAACCCAACAAUGGUCACAUUGAAAUGAAUUCUGAGAAGACAAAAACAACAAUUUUAUUGAAACGAAUUCUGGUUAUAAUAAAGUCAAUUAAAACUAUUUUCUACAUUGUCACAAGAUUACAAGUAAUCCACUAUCAAUCUACUACGAUUAGACUGGUAUUAAAAAAUGAUAAAAUCCAUCAGUGAUAUGACAAUAUAAAGGUCAAUUGACUCAAUUACCCAGACCACAGAAUGGUUUAAUAAUCCGGCUCCAUUCUGUGCUCCGACCUUUUGAACACUUGAACAGGUUGUAUAAAAAAUCGCUAAUCCUACGUUGACAUGCAUGUCAUCGCGCAUUUUAGGUGUAAGAAUGACACCUAUUUUGUAUAAAAGCGAUCAAAAAUGGCAAAAUAUACAUGCACGAUAUGAUUUAAUGUAGUCUACCAAGAACUGCUGAUCAAUCCAAACCAAUGCGCCAUCUUUGAUUUUGGUAAAGUUUUUAAAUAUGAAUUCGAAGUGAGAAUAGUUUCGACACUCAGAUAUAAAUAACUCAAAAAAAGAAUGUCGACUACGCUACGGACAUUGGAACUUUAUGCCUUGGCCCUUGGUUUAUGGACUUUGGUACUAGUUUAGGUUUUUGUCGAGGGUCGAGUGUCGAGGGUCCAAUGUCGAGGGUGAGGGUAAAAAGUCGAGGGUGAGGGUAAAAAGUCGAGGGUGAGGGUAAAAAGUCGAGGGUCAUAAAAAACGUCGAGGGUCGAAGUUUGCGGGCAAAAUAACUUGUUUAAUGUUGUGACAUGGACUUAUCAUAUAUAUGUAUGCAGAACUACAUUAACUUUUAAAAGAUACUACCUUGCGUAAGUUUUCUAAGCGAUUAUUUUCUAAGCCCCUUCAUGCUCGUUAGUUAACGUGUUUAUGUCUAAUAUGAGAACGGUCUCUUUGCUUUCUUAUCAAAUUAACGUAACAGCAUAGAUUAUCGGGUAACUGUUAUGAUUAAAAAACUUGUGUGUUUUCUGCUAGAUCGGAGCGCGGUUAACGCGGUGCAGACAUGCCACUGUUCAAGAAACCAAUGAACGCUAAGUGAUUCAGUCAAUAUUACUCGCCUUACGGCCAACCAUUGUCAUUGACCAACCUCGCAAGCAAGGGUCUCCACAUCUGCGGUGGGACGGAGGCCUUUGCUUGAUACGAGGUUGAACAUUGCCAUUGGCCUGUUUAUGAAAUUAUACUACGUUUAGAAAUUCUUUUAAUAAGUUAAUAUUGAUAAUAAAUACUCUUUAACUUUGCUUUUAAUGAAAAAACUCAUUACACGCUAGAACAUAGAGACAUUACACGCUAGAAAACAUGCUGCGUGCGUGAAACUUUUUAACCAGACGACCCAAACCAUAAACUUAAUGAGUUUGUUUCUAGACCAGAAUUGUCCCUUAAUUCAUGAUUUACAUAAGGAGAAAAACCGUUUUAAAAACUAUUUUAUCGUUAGUAGUUGUCUGAGUUGUCGUAAAAAUACAACCCUCGACUUUUGUAUAUGACUUCGACUUUUACCCUCACCCUCGACUUUUUACCCUCACCCUCGACUUUUUACCCUCACCCUCGACUUUUUAUACCCUCACCCUCGACGUUUUUACCCUCACCCUCGACGUUUUACCCUCACCCUCGACAUUGGACCCUCGACACUCGACCCUCGACAAAAACCUAAACUCCUUUGGUACAUGCCAACGUCACCAAGUAUUUUAGAUAAACCAUGAUGUCACACAAUUGGACUAGAAUAAAUGUUUGUUGCAAAUGUGCCAAAUCGCUGUUGCAAAUGUGUCAGGCUAGAUCUCUGAUUCCCCAAAAGAGGCCGAUAUAUUUUAUACUAAGGGUACUUUAAUUGGCGACGCGUCAUGCUCGCGCCAUGCAAUAUCUCAAUUGAAGUGAUAUGCUACGUUUUUGUAGAUAGAAAUUUCCAGUGUACAUUUUAUACAUUUUUAAACCUAACUGGCAGCAGAUUACCCUAGCAGCAGAUGCGAAGAAUGGAACGAUAUAUGGGCCCUCUGCGGGCAGCAAUUGAACCUGCGGCCCAGCGAUUCCAUUGCAGGCUUGCAGCGCUCUAACCAAAUGAGCUACCGAAUCUAGUUGUCGAGGUUCAAUUAACCGUAAGUUCGUGUAUAUAGCCUUUCUGAAACAGUGUAUAUACAGUAGUGUUUCUAGGCCAGCAUAUCUAGCAUACUUUUGACUGCAUACCGCACGAAAUGAGCAAAAUUCAUUCCAAUAUUAUUAAACACCAUUAAAAUCAGAUAACAAUCAAUACGAGACCUAAAAAUAUUAAAUAUAGUUAUAUUUAGCUUCAAUUACUUAGUCAUAACACGAACAGAUCAACUGGUUUAAACAAGCAAGUAUUAAUUGCCUCUUUACAUAUCAAACAGGUUCACCUUGUUUGAUCCGGGUCAUUUGAGCUAAGGUCAACAUAAGUAUUCUAUAUAUAAAUACCAUGAACUACUGGGGGCUUUUUGGGACUAAAUAUGUAAUGUAACUGACCUUCAGUGGUAACAAAGGUACAUCUUAUUCUAAUUAACAAUGCGAUUGGACUGAUUAUAGUGUAACCAAAUCGCAAUGCAAAAAUGCGAACUGUAAUUUAAAAGUCAAAUGAGGGUGGUCGAUCUUUCCUGAUGGCACGAAUAUUUUCAAUUUGCAUUUUUCCGAUGGAAUUUUUGCAUAGACAUACGAUUGACUGGGGGAACUGCCCAGGCUGCAGUAUCCCCCCACCCAGUGUUCUGAAUUGGCAGAUUGAAUUCUACUUCAAAAAUCGGGCAAUUUGCUAUUGGUAUUAAUGUAUGUUUAGAUGUUUGGUCAGAGCACUGAAUGACAGAUUGAAAUUUAUUUCAUUAAACUGUUCAAAUUGACAUGCUGUAGAGUGAGGUGUUUUCGAUGGUACCUUGAACAGGGCCGCCCAGAGGGCUAGCUAAAGGGGGCUCGCAAAUAAGGAUAAACCACAGUUAAGGAAUUGCAGGAAUUGCUAUGUUCUAGGGACUCUAGAUUUCCAAAUUUUCCCAGGAAACCAAAUAGACAUUCAAAACUGAAAGAAAUAGCCUUGCUAAUUGUUCCGUAUAAAGGUUCAAGAAUAUUGAAAUCUGAAUCUCUAAAAGAGCACAUAAUUUCAAGAGCCUUUAACGAUAGAACUAUAGUGCUACAAAUAUUAAAUUUGCCCCAGGCCCACAAAUUUAUAUGUGCGGCCCUGAUCUUAACGAAUGAAUACCAAAAAUACUUGUAAAAUAUUUUUGAUUUAUCGUUUUAAGAUUUACUUUAUUCCCUUUCUGCAUAAAUGAAUAAAUAGCAGCAACGCAUCUCCUAUCAAUAAACCCAAGACGAUGAGACCAAAAUUAUAACCAAAGUUUAAAUCAGUAUACCAUCUUGAAUUACUUUAUACACCAAGAUUCAUGGUAGGAUUGGUAGCCAACGCCACGUUGCAACUUUCAAGCAAGGCAAAACUUAAGUGUUUUUUUUGCCACUGACAUUUUCCCAAAUAUAUGGCGUCGCUUAUUGUCAGACUCGUGAUCAUGAGGCGAAUUAUAGAUUAGCCAUAUCGGUACGGUAAACAAUCAAAAGCAGUAGUUGUUUACAGAAUGCAUGUGGCUACGGCGCUAUUGUAAAUAAUAUUGACAAACAAUGUCGAAUUUACAUUUAACAAAUAUCAUGUAUCAUUUUUGCUGGUUCAAGCGUCGCGGUUGAACGAGCUGAAAGCAGUUGGAUGAAAGUCGGCUGUCACGCGACUUCGGUUAGAGUUUAAAUACACAUAAAGCCUAGUCAUAUUUUUAACUUAGACAGCUUGAAUUGUCUCCUGUGAAGGUCCAUUCCACUCAGGAAAAUUUUCCACAGAAAGAAAAUUUUGUAAAAUUUGAUUGGCCGACACAAACUUUCAACUUUUAAGUUGAAAAUUUUCAACUUUUAACAAUGAUAUUUUCGGCCAAUCUUCUGUCCGUCGAAACUUUUCUUGCCAGUGGAAAUGGGCCCGGUGCAGUUUGACUGGGGAUUAAAAUGGCCCUAUUGUUGGUCCAAGCAGGUUCAGGCGAAAGGAAGCAUGCCGAAACAUUGAAUUGAUUGAUGAGUUUGAAACAUUUAAAACCUAGCUAGGACAAUGGGAGGUCAAUCAUUCAUCACUUACUUUAAUCGGCUAGUAUACUUUACUAAUCAUAAUUAAAAGUGUCAGAAGGAAUGUACUGAACUUGCAAUCUUUGAGCUCUUUAAUCUGACCGAAAAAUGACAUUUUUUCAAUCCGUCUUUCGAAGACUACUUUUAUGAUGUAGAAGACAAUCAGAGAGAAUUAAAAAAACACGAAUUUACAAUUUUAUCUCUAAUUUGUAACCAGAGAAGAACUGCCUAAAGGUUGAUGUUUGAAGCUUUUUAAAAUCAAUUGAAUAACCGCAUAUUUAUUAUACUACAGUGCAAUAUGGACAAUGUGAUUGAAAAUGGUGUCAGGGUGUUUAAUAUUCAACAGGUCAAAUAUGGUCAAUUUGAGCACUUGCAUCAAUGUGAAUUCAUAGUCCAGUUCAAGUAAUAAGUUCAGAACUUACAAAGGGUAACCCAGAACACGAUUGGUUAAAAAUUCAACCAAUCAUGAAGUUGCAUUUUGGCGCCAAAAGGAAAAUGCAAAAUCUGACGAAAAUAAUGGGCAUGCGCAAACGAAGUAUUCCAAUUGAUUUUCUUUACACCAAGUAUGGAUGAAAAAUUAAAAAUUUAGAAAAAUAUGAAUCAUCUUUAAAUUUUUUGUUGACUUCUUGCCGAUGCGUGUGGGUUUAAAAUCAGUUCCUAAAGUACAUAUACAGUCGAUUUUUAAACUCACUUCUUGUUUGUGUGCGCGAAAUAAUCGCAGAAGUUUUAAAAUGGCCACAAACGGCGCGACAACAGAACAAAAGGAAGGAACGGACAGAACAGAAGAACAAAUUGUGAACAUAGAAACUGUAGUGGCAGCGGACAACAAGGGGAUUGAUUAUGAUAAACUUAUAAGUAAGUUGAAAAGUAAGGCUAGCUGGUACUUAGAAGUACUAAACAAGUAAUCUGAGAGUUGUUUGUUGUUUUUAAGCAAAUAUCAGAUAGUCCCUCAGGUAUUUUGGAACGCUCGGUCACUCCCUGAAGUCACACUCGGCAUCAUGCAUGAGUCAAUUCGUACUGUUACCACCCCCCCCGGGCAAUAUCCCGGGGAUUUGUAAUUUUUUCAUUAGUUGUUAGCAAAUUCCCUACCCCCGGGACUUAGACAUUUGCGAAUUCCCCACCCUGGGGCAAUACUGAAAAAGUACAAGAAAAAUCGUGAGACAAAUUAUUUAACACAACUGCAAAAAUGUAUUCAUUCCCUUGAUGUUAAAUAACGUAUAAUCGUGAAAUUUAUUUCAGACAAAUUUUUUCCUAACGCAUUGACAAACUCUGACGACUGGCCAGAAAAAAAUUCUUCCAAGUUUUUCAUCGCCAUUUUGAAAUUUUGAUGUUUAGUUACCAGGCUCCUAUUUACUUCUCAUCUUUGCUAGAUCCCCGCCCUAUACCCCCGGGCAUAACAUCCGUUUGACAAUUAGGGGGGGGGGGAUGGUAACAGUACGAAUUGACUCAUGCAUCAGGAACACAGCUAGAAUAGACACAGAAGUCUGACUUCUUGUCAGUAUCUUUGAUGUUAGUGUAACCGCCACCAUGCCAUGAAUUCGAAUUGCAACGCUCUGAAUGCUGUUGCCAUGCCCCUUGCCACUAGUGUGCCAAGGAGAGGCCUUCACCCCCCUAAAAACAUUCAAAAUGGCCUGCUUGGCUACUAAGGGCAGUGAACUCCAUGUCUUUUAUCUGAAACGAUAACAUGCGGGAGAAAUGUGACGCCAAUGCCAGUGCCACUUCACCCAGGGUGUAUGCAUUCUAAGUGCAAUAUGCAGAAGAUCGAACAGUGUGAGUUUGGCACAGUACAAUACUAUCUAUAGUUAACAUUGACAGAUCUUCGGCAUAGAGUUUGCAUGGAAUGCAGUGGCGGCGCCACGGGGAGGACUAGGGAGGACACGUUCCCCCCCAGUUCUCUUCAAGGUCGAUUUUCUAAUUUGUCCAAAUCCGGUGAGAAAUUUGGGGGGGGGGGGUACGUUUGUGACAUCAGUCCAGUUAUUUAGAUAUAACUUAAUAAAUUCAGUCUUUAUUGUGUGAAUAAAAACCGGUAUUAAAAGAUCUUCGCUUUACUUUUGACAAAAGACCAUGUUUCAUAUAUGCGGCAUUUACCAUUAGCAUAUGCAGGCACUAAUUACGACCGCCGAAGGAAACCUAUCAUAAUGGGUUAACAUAUUACCCAAACUUAAGUGCAAUGGGUAAUGUGUGAUGCGGAAGUUUGGUCCUGCUGCUGAGAUGUGAGGGAGAUAUGUUAAUUAAUGCACUGUUCAUUAGCUUCUUGGAAUGCAUCACUACACAACUGAAAGAGAAAAAUGUUCGAAGGAAGAGAUCCAUCAAGUGAAAUUGUGUGUGAGGGAGGCAAAUAGAACCUUCGUUUUCGAAUCUUGACGGUUAGACCUAUCUUAGAUUUUUCAACAUCGGAAAUAUCGAUGAGAAAGUUUACAUUCCAAAAGAAAUGGUACGAAGAGUACAUAUAUAUGACUGGAAUAUUCAAUGUAACAACUGCAAGAUUACAUACGAGCAUCAUAGCAGCGAAGAGAUGGAAAGGAAAGAGUCUAGAGAAAGGGUCCAAAAGAAAGUUUCCACCUUGGAUUUGCUUGUCCUCCUUGCUCGAAGUUUUCAGCAAAGAUGAUCUGCACCACCUUUAUCCCGACUUGUUUGAGGUCGCUACCUUGCCUGUGACGUGGCAUUAUGUGAACGCACACACAGCAAGCUCAAAAUAAUAAACAAUAAUUUGCGAGUUGCUAUGUCACCUGAUAGACUCGAGGACCUUGUCCAGAUUAGCAACGAACGAGAUCUAGCCAACAUUACAAUAUCGAACUUACCAAAUUAGUGGAAAUAUUUAAGCUUGCAAAACCUCAUAAGCUUGUCAUGCAAGGAGAUCUACGAUAACAUAUAGCCAUUAUUAUUCUACCUAACAGUUAUUUCCAUUUGUAUUUAAAUAUAAAAUAAUGUUGACUUCAAUUUUCCUGGAAGUAGCAAUUCCUUUAGGCAGCUGUCAAUCAAUGUAAUCGUAGUCAAUAGAAUAAGAAGGUUAGGGAACUCGAUGCAGACAUAAUAGAGCUAUCUAUGUUUUUGUCUUGGUUUAUGCAAAAAAAUGGUCGGUUCAUCGUCAUGUGUGUAUUGUAUUUUUAUUUUGCUAGAGUAACCAAUAGUUACUAUGUUUUUGUUUAGCUAUUGUGUAAUAUUACGACCGGGUAAUUAAACAUGACGAUGAACCGAUCGUUCCUUGCAUAAACCAGACAAAAACAUAGAUAAUGAGGUCUGCAUCGAGUUCCCUAACCUUAUUCUUUUGACUAUGAUGUAAUACUGCAUUUGUAGGUAUUAUAUAUACGUAUAGUCAUGAAAAAAUCGUGUGUUUUUUUACUUUAUAAUUUUCGGAAUUCUAAAUAAUCUCACCCUGAAAAUGCAGGAAAUCGCAUUUCAGGGACUCUAGAUUUCAAAAAUUUUUCGGGGGGGCAUGCCCCCGGACCCCCCUAGAAGUGUCUCGCGCCUUUCCCGCUCGAAAAUCCCCCCCACUUUUAAAAGGCUGGCGCCGCCACUGAUGGAAUGCACUUCACACUAACUCCAUGAUGGACAAUGGUGAUGGCGUAUAAGGGGACUGAAAGUGACAUACCAUAUGCCUAGCGUGGCGAUGGACCACGCGGUGUUGGCAUAUAAAAGGGACUGAAACUGACAUACUAUAUGGUGUGGAAAUAUAGUGUGGAGGGCUGCUCACACGUUGCUCAGGCGAGGCUUUACAGCCUUCACUUUUUAACUGCCAAAUAACUGAGUGUUAUUGUUCCAGGUAAAGUAAAAUAAAUUGAGUUUACUGGGCUAGGAUUGCACUAGCUAAGUAGGAACAUGACAAGUGCUUUGUGAUUGUGAAUCAUGGCAUGGAAGUUUCUGAUCAAAAUUCAUUUUGGUUGAACAUUUUUCCAGACAAAUUUUCAACAUUAUUUCAGGUUCUAAACUGUGCCACACACAUCUUGCUGUUUAUUAAAAAUAAAAUAUUCUUAUGCUUGUGAUUGUUACUCUGCGUGUAUAUCCAUACCGGGCAGGCUUGGAAAAUAUGCCUGGCCACAGUGGGAAUCGAACCUACGACCUUUGGAACACUAGCCCAAUGCUCUGCCAACUGAGCUAUGUGGUCAGGUUGGUUCGAGUAUGUGAUAUUUCGGAACUGAGUCUAGUUCCUUCGAUUUCUAUGUAAUCUAGUAAUCAUGAUAUUUUCUUGUGUUGGUGACUUGGUGUAAUGUACUCAGGUGAAUAAGAUGCUUGUGAUGUUACUCUGAGUGUAAUCCACACCGGGCAGGCUUGGAAAAUAUUAUGAUUACUAGAUUACAUAGAUAUCGAAGGAACUAGACUCAGUUCUGAAAUAUCACAUAAUCGAACCGACCUGACUGCAUAGCUCAGUUGGCAGAGCAUUGGGCUAGUGUUCCAAAGGUUGUAGGUUCGAUUCCCACCAUGGCCACUGGCCAGGCAUAUUUUCCAAGCCUGCCCGGUGUGGAUACGUCACUCAGAGUAACAUCACAAGGCUAAAUUUAGCAUCUUAUUCACCUGAGUGAGUACAUUACACCAACACAAGAAAAUAUCAUAAAAUAUUCUUAUGUUUUAGAACAAUUUGGCAGUCAAAAGGUUGAGGCAAGUCAUAUUGAGCGUAUCGCUGAACUCAGUGGAAAACCUGUGCACCAUUUUUUAAAACGUGGUAUCUUUUUCUCUCAAAGGUCAGUUACUGCAGUAAUCAAAUUUGAUUAGACUGUGAUCAUUUAUUGCAGGUGCUUUAUGGCUAAGUUUUGUUUUUGAAAUUUUUUCAGAGAUUUAAAAGUGAUUUUAGAUGCAAUUGAAACAAAGAAGAAAUUCUAUUUAUAUACUGGCCGAGGCCCAUCUUCAGAAGCUAUGCAUUUGGGACAUUUAAUUCCUUUUAUUUUUACAAAGUAAGUAUACUGGCCUCUGUGGUUCAGUUGGUUAGAGCGCUGUGCCAGAAUCACCGGGUUGCAGGUUUGAUUCCUGUACCUGUAGUUGCAUUUUUGGCAACUGCCCCUGAUUAGGUCCAAAAAUAAUUCUGAUAUUUAUUAUUUACUAAUAACCUUUCUCCAUCUUCCUCUUUGUUUUUUUUUUUUUUUUUGUCUGUGCAUGAUAACUUUAAAGUAUCAUUUGGACUUUUUCAGAUACUUACAAGAUGCAUUUGAUGUUCCAUUAGUAAUUCAGUUGACAGAUGAUGAAAAGUUUUUAUGGAAGAAUUUAAAACUAGAGGAAGCUCACAGGCUGGCAUAUGAGAAUGCAAAAGACAUCAUUGCCUGUGGCUUUGAUGUAAACAAGACAUUUAUAUUUUCAGAUCUGGAUUUCGUUGGGUAAAUCUUAUUGUGUUUGCAUGUUAUUGAUAUGUUAGUACAGCAAUUACAGUAACAACUACAACAAUAUAGAAGCCAACAACAAUGUUCAGCAACAAAAACAACAUGACAAACAGCAGCAAUGGCAAUGCCAUCAUCAUCAUCAUCAUCAUCAUCAUCAACAACAACAACAACAACAACAACAACAACAACAACAACAACAACAACAACAACAACAACAACAACAACAACAACAACAGCAACAACAACAGCAACAAGUCCACAAUACCAGCAAAUCAACAGUAACAACAAUCAAUGAUAAUAAUAUCAACAAAACUGGCAGUAACAACAACAGUGGUCUGGUGCCUAAAUUACUUUGAAUUUGUACUCGAGUAAAAGUAGAAGUAAUUAAAAACAAAACGGCUUGAGUAAGAGUAAAAAAUACUGGAGGCAAAACGUACUUAUAAUUAAGUAAAAAGUAUCCUUAAAAAUGCUUGAAGUAAAAAGUAAAACUACUAUUAUCUGUAGCGUGUAGGGAGGGGGGGGGGAGGUCACUUUUCUAAUGGAUUGACAUGUGAAAGACACAACAUAGACGCACACGCAUUAUAUGCGUGCACCUAAUGUACAAUAUUUCAUGGCAUGGUCCACUUUACAGACCCCGUUGAAGAUAUAAGAAAUCCAUUAAAUAAAUAAUGCUUAUAAGUAAGCCACAAACGAGAGAUCCCAGACACAUGUAGAGGUCCUAUUACCUAUCCCAAAAUUAAAAUAAAUCAGGAAUAAAUAAAUCACGUAAAAUUAAACAAAAGUUAGAAAGUAACGAAAUACUUUGCCAGGGAAUGAAAAGAACGAAGUAAAACGUUUCUUCUUAAAACGACUUCGUUCCAAGUAAAAGUACUCCAGAAAAAGUUUACUUGGUUCAUGUUGACUUCUCAAAAAUAGUACUCAUGUACAGUUAACGAAGUACAUUUACUUCGUUACUUGACACCACUCAGACCACUGGACAACAAGAACAGUACUAACAACGUAAAGUAGCAACGUACGACAACAACAUGCAAUGACAACAAAAACAUAAGUAACAAUGAUAACACCAGUAUCAUUCAACAACAAUGACAGCAACAAUAAGAAAAACAACAGCAACAACAACUAUAUAAAUUUGUUUCCUUUUCUAGUGGUUGUAAAGAAUUUUACAAGAACGUUGUCAAGAUUCAAAAAUGUGUCACUUUUAACCAAGUCAGAUCAAUAUUUGGUUUUACAGAUAGUGAUCCUAUAGGUAUCCAGUUUAAAUUAAAAUGUCUCUCUUUUAAUGGUUGAAAUCUCAAAAUCAUAUAGCGUGUUAUGGUUCUGAAUUUUUGUUUAGGUAAAAUAUCUUUCCCUGCGAUCCAAGCGGCUCCUUCAUUUAGUAAUUCAUUUCCUCACAUAUUUGGUGAAAAACAUGAUAUUCCUUGUCUAAUUCCUUGUGCUAUUGACCAGGUGAGCAAGAUUUUCAAUGUGUGCUACAAUUCUUAUCAGUGGCAUAGCCCGCCAAUUAAGGUCCAAACACACCGGACGCGAUUCGACAACGCGACGCAAUUUUUUAGUGUUUGAAAGUUAAUAAAAUAGCCAAUGAGAGCAAAUUUUAAAAGAUAUGUAGACCAAACAACUCAAAAUGUUAUAGCGCUUCUAAAUAUUUGGAGAAUUUAAACGAGGAUCAAAGUUACUGGUCAGUAAAAAUCGAAAAAUUGCGUCGCGUUGCCGAAUCGCGUCCGGUGUGUCUGGACCUUUAGUCCCACUAUGCAAAUUCAAAAUUAUUAUCAUUAUUCAUUUCUUUAGAAAUAUUUGCAUAGCGGGACUAAAUCGUCGGGCUGACUGCGCUACUGAUUCUUACGCCUACCAAACAGGGGGUAUCUAAUGGAGGAAGUGUAUUAUUUUUAGGGGAUGCAGCAUCCAGACCUGCCAACUCAUCCAAUUUACUGGGGUGUCAACUAUUUUUUUUAGCAAAUCUCUAGAUGAACCUAUCGAAGGUCAUGCGUAUUCACCCGAUUUUUAUUGGGCUUCCUACAUGAUACUAAUAAUCUAUAACAUCAACCUAAUAACAUUUCCUGCCAUUACCAUAGCUGGAAAGAGCAUCUUAAAAUGAGUAAAAUUGCGAAGUUUGGUUGCGAAUUAUUGUAAAAUGAGGAAAAUAGUAUAGCCCAUCUUGUAUAUAUUUUUAUAAUAUAGCAUUUGUAAAUUCUGAACGCUGAUUGGCUAAGAGCCGUGUUGAUAUAACACGGAAAUUUUUCUUAUUCUUCGGGCUUUUGACAUUGCUACAUUGCUAUAUACAUUGCGUCGUGUUUCCACACAAUUUCUCGUUUUCCCAAUUUCCACUCGUGUUGAUAUAACUGUAUAUCAACACGGAAAAUGUUUUAUAUUUGUUAAGUAUUACGCGCGGGAGUUACAACCAUUUUUGUAUUAUUUUGAGCCGAAAGUGGUUAUUUUUACCAUGCGUAUUCUUUAACCCCAAGAAACCGCACUUUCCGUCACCCAAUUUGGCCACAAAGGAUUUGCGUGAUUUAUUAAAUGCAAAUAUAUACAAAAUUUGCGAACUUCACAGGGCUGUAUUUUCUUCAUUUUACAACAUUUAGCAACCAAUCUUUGCAGUUUUACUCAUUCUAAGACGCUCUUUCUAGCUGUUGUGUUGGAUUUCGUUCUUCUUGCUUAGAUCAAAAUUUAGUCUAUAGCUGCAAUCACCCAUAACUUUGCAUUCGCCAUUCUCAACAUUGUUUUUUUUCUUGCCAUAUUGUACUUAAAAGGUACACAAAUUUAUUUAUUUAUUUUAUUGGCGUACCUCCGGUACGUUAAUUACUUACUAUGUGAAUUAUCGCACGCUACAAAUACUCGUAAAUUACUUGCGGUGAACGUGGUACACCAUGUAUGAGCUAUUUGAUGCGAAUGAUUCAGGGGUGCUUAUUGGUAUUUAAUUCUUUUGGGAGAGGUGCAUGUGCACCUGUCCGCACCCCCUGAGUAUCCACCUAUGAUGUAAAUUAGAGCUGUGCGGUUAACCGAAAAAUUCGGUUCUUCCGGUACUUUUUUCAGCACCGAAAAAUUAUAUACGUAAAAGAACCGGUAGUUUCGGUUUUUAAAUUUCCCGUUUAACACCCGCCAAACACCCACCUGCCGCAGGUUGAAAUGUUUGGAAAAUAACAAAAUUGUGCUCUUUGUGCACAAUAUGCACUGUGCACAAUAUGCAAUAAGUGCUCAAAUAGUUGAUAUUUUAGUUGUGAUAGUUAUUGUUGUGAACUUGCUUUAAAUUUUUUUAAAAACUAAGAAAAUUAUUUCAUCUUCAUAAAUAAAUUUCAAUUGUUCUUUUAAAAUAUUCAGAGAUUUAUAAAAACUUACAAAGGCAUAAAUUCAUCUAUUUAGUAAAAAUGCUCGAAACAUACAUAAAUGAGUUCAUACAUUUGUACUGUUCUUCUUUUUUGAAAAUAACCGAAACCGAACCAAACCGAGGUUUUUUUGUUCCAAAAAAACUGAAACCGGAACCGAGAUAAAAUUUUUGGAACCGCACAGCUCUAAUGUAAAUUAAUAAUAAUAAUAAUAAUAAUGCUUUAUUCACAGUAUAUCUACAAAGUAGUUCUUCAUCUGUGAAGGAUUAGUAAUAAAUAUUAGUAAUAUAUAUAGAAUUGAAAUUUUGUAAAAACAUAAAUCUAGGAUAAUGCAAAUAUAUAGUCAUUCACAUGCUAUUUUAAACUCUAACUCAGUUUACAUCUUUCACAUUUUGACAGGAUCCAUAUUUCCGUAUGACGCGAGAUGUAGCUCCAAGAUUGGGAUAUCCCAAACCCUCGCUUCUUCACUCGACUUUCUUCCCAGCUUUGCAAGGAGCAAAGACGAAGAUGAGUGCGAGUGAUCCUAAUUCAUCCAUCUUCUUGACCGAUACUCCUGCCCAAAUAAAGAAAAAGGUAGGAAAAGACCUAUAUUUAUAA